UUACAUUUUAUUUUAUUUUUUGAUCGUAAAAAUAGGUCUACUCGAUUUUGAUUUAGUUUAGAAUAUAACACUUAAAUAAUAUGAAGUACACAAUUAUCUUUCCUUUUGAUGAUACAGAGAGUAGAACUUUGAUUGAAGAUUUCUUAAAAAGAUGUCAUCUAGAAUCAACAUUUCAUUUUAUAGCUUCAGACCAGACAUAUGACAAGUGUUAUUCAAGGAAAAUUGAUCAUAUUGAAUGGAUGAAUAAAGAUGGAUGGAAUGAAUUCAUAUCUGAAGUCAAUCAGGAUAACUUUAACACAAAUUUAUCAGAAGAGUUACAUGUUUUAUCUGAUAGUUUAUUAUAUACAGGUGAACCUAUCAAGUUGUAUAGUAUUUUACCAGAUGACUUAAGUGAAAACAGUUUAGAGUUGUAUGGAGGAUUUUAUAGAAUGAAGAAAUGGCAUAAUAUAGAUUUGACUUUUAUAACAACUAGUGAUAGUUUAUCACAGUCUGUUCUAGAGCUUACUGAGUUUCUAUCAACUGAUAUUGUCGAUGAAUUCAAGUAUGAUGUCCUAGAUCAUCAAACGUUAUGGAUGGGAAAAAUAUCAGUCUUAGACAAAGUGGAUGAUAAAGGCUACCAGUUUCCAGGAUUUAGAUUAUCCAGUAAUGAUAUUAAGAAGUUGAAAUGUAGAUAUAAUAAUAAAGAUAUACAGUAUGGUAGAAUGAUAGAGAUAUUAGAUGUUGUUGACAUGUCUACAGUUCCAACUUUUCUUAUGACAAAUAUUACGCUUCAACUAGAGGUAGUAAAAGACUGUAAAGAAUCAAGAAUAUUUAUAGAAGAUUUUAAUUCUAGUAAUAGGGAGGAAGUAUAUAUUGGUAGACUGGCAACUUAUAAUACUAAAAAUAUACCAACUUGUGGUCUGACUAAUCACCUAAAAACAUCAGCAUGGAAAGAUAAGAUUAUGACAGAUAUUUCAUGCAUUCAAGAACCAGAUGAAGAAAUAUUGCCAAGUUUACAAUAUCUACAUUUUAUUAUAACAUCUGAUAGAUGUAGUGAUAUAUUAAUGUUAACAAUAUUAAAAUCACCAGGAGAUAUUAACAGUAAUAUUAUUAAUAUCCUAGAAACUGUGGUAGAUAUUAAUGAAGAUACAACUGAUAAUAUAUGUGAUAAUAAAGUUGUAUCUAGUUUACCAUGUAUCGAUACAUUAAAUCUUACAUUAUUACAUGAUCAUCUCAAUCAGUUACAGUGCAGUUUAUUAAAAGACUGGAUUGACGAACAGAAGAAGAAGAAUUUAAAUACAACUAUUGAUAAGAAACAACUACAAGUUUUUCUAGAUAAAACUCAACAUCUAUUUCUACAAUCUAUAUUUGAUAAUUAUAAUGAAGAUGAUCAUGAUAAAGAAAUUUCAGAAGAGGAUACAGAAGUAGAAAGCAUAGACCCUUCAAAAUGGCCAGAAAGACUAGCCUUACAAUAUGAAGAAUCAAAACAGAAAACCAUGAAGCGAUAUCGUUCUACUGAUAGUAUUCCAUUAUCAUCUCCUUUUUAUUCUUGUCCUCAAGAAAGUAGUGCAUCAUUAGAUGCCAUAGAGUUUCUGAGAUUUUUUCAACCUGAUGGUUCUGCCUUAAAUCCUAAUUUAUCACCAGUUAGAAAAAAGCCUAAUGGUAGAAUUAUUAGAAGAUUAUCAAGUCAUGAGAGUCUUACUAGUUGGCCUGAGAGUAGAUCAGUUAAAUAUCAUGAUAUCUAGUAAGUUAAUUAUCAAUAUUAUUCAAGAUGUAAUUUAUAUACUAACAUACAACAUGUUGAGGUAUAUUGAUGUCACCCCAGUCUAAUGGUUUGUGGUGAGAUGUUCUUUUUUCAUUGUGUGUUUAUUGUGGUAUUGCUUUUAGUUUAGCUAAAGGAAAUUAGCUUGUAGAAAUGUGAACCUGAUACAUAUUUCUUCUGUAUUGUAACCUGUCCAUUCUUCAAUAUUUCUUUUUAUAUGGGAAUUAGAGACUUCUCUGUGAAAAAUAUUGUUUAAUACCUACCUGUGUGAUAAAAACACAUACAAUAGCCACUGACUUAUUCUUCAAGAUAUAUCUGAGUAGUAAGGAAUAAAAUGAGUACAAAAAGGCCAAAAGUGAAUGAUUAAACACUUUUGUAUUUAUCCCAUAGAAAAAUUUUUUCACAAUUUAAUUAUGUGUCUCUUAACUACAAAUGAUAUGAGGUACUUUGUAGCUUUAGAAAUGAUUUUGUAUGAAAUUUUGUGAUCCACUAGGUAUUUAACCUUUAAAUGAAAUUUAAAAUUGGGGAGACUAGUUU